AGUCCAGGUCUCCAGGUCGCUGCAGCAGCAGCAGCAGCUCUGUCCCCAGAGAGGAGCGAGGUCCGAGGCGGAGAUGGAUGUAGAGGCAGCGAGGAACGGAACCGCCCGGCGCUCCAGAGCAGCGGAGGGCGACUUUGAACUAGGCAGCCCCAGCAAUCAAGACAGGAGAAAAACAAAGAAAGUGAAUUUGAUUGGACCAUUAGCACUGUUCCGAUACUCUGACUGGCAAGACAAAUUAUUUAUGUACCUGGGCACCAUCAUGGCCAUAGCUCAUGGAUCAGGUCUUCCCCUUAUGAUGAUAGUAUUUGGAGAAAUGACUGAUAAAUUUGUUAAUAAUGCUGGAAAUUUCUCUUUACCAGUGAAUUUUUCACUGUCAAUGCUAAAUCCAGGCAGAAUUCUGGAAGAAGAAAUGACUAGGUAUGCCUACUACUAUUCAGGAUUAGGGGCUGGAGUUCUUGUUGCUGCCUAUAUACAAGUUUCAUUUUGGACUUUGGCAGCUGGCCGACAGAUUAAGAAAAUCAGGCAAAAGUUUUUUCAUGCAAUUCUACGACAGGAAAUAAGCUGGUUUGAUGUCAACAGCACCACUGAACUCAAUACACGACUAACCGAUGACAUCUCCAAAAUCAGUGAAGGAAUUGGUGACAAGGUUGGAAUAUUCUUUCAAGCAAUAGCCACGUUUUUUGCAGGAUUCAUAGUGGGAUUCAUCAGAGGAUGGAAGCUUACCCUUGUGAUAAUGGCCAUUAGCCCUCUCCUGGGGCUCUCUACAGCUGUUUGGGCAAAGAUUCUCUCUGCAUUUAGUGACAGAGAACUAGCUGCGUAUGCAAAAGCAGGUGCCGUGGCAGAAGAGGCUCUUGGGGCCAUCAGGACCGUCAUAGCUUUCGGGGGCCAGAACAAAGAGCUGGAAAGGUAUCAGAAACAUUUAGAAAAUGCCAAACAAAUUGGAAUUAAAAAAGCUAUUUCAACAAACAUUUCCAUGGGCAUUGCCUUCCUGUUAAUAUACGCGUCCUAUGCACUGGCCUUCUGGUAUGGAUCCACCCUAGUUAUAUCAAAAGAAUAUACUAUUGGAAAUGCAAUGACAGUCUUUUUUUCAAUCCUAAUUGGAACUUUUAGUAUUGGCCAGGCAGCCCCCUGUAUUGAUGCUUUUGCCAAUGCAAGAGGAGCAGCAUAUGUGGUGUUUGGCAUCAUUGAUAAUAAUCCUAAAAUUGACAGUUUUUCAGAAAGAGGAUACAAACCAAACAGCAUCAAAGGGAAUUUGGAGUUCAAUGAUGUUCACUUUUCUUAUCCAUCUCGAGCUAAUAUCAAGAUCUUGAAGGGCCUCAACCUGAAGGUGCAGAGUGGACAGACAGUGGCCCUGGUUGGGAACAGUGGCUGUGGGAAGAGCACGACAGUGCAGCUGAUCCAGAGGCUCUAUGACCCUGAUGAGGGUACGAUUAGCAUUGAUGGGCACGAUAUCAGAAACUUUAAUGUAAGGCACCUGAGAGAAAUAAUUGGAGUGGUGAGUCAGGAGCCAGUGCUAUUUUCUACCACAAUUGCUGAAAAUAUUCGUUAUGGCCGUGGAAAUGUCACCAUGGAAGAGAUAAAGAAAGCUGUCAAAGAAGCCAAUGCCUAUGAGUUUAUCAUGAAGUUACCACAGAAAUUUGAGACCCUGGUUGGAGAGAGAGGGGCCCAGCUGAGUGGUGGACAGAAGCAGAGAAUCGCCAUAGCACGUGCCCUGGUUCGCAACCCUAAGAUCCUCCUGCUGGACGAGGCCACAUCGGCCUUGGACACAGAAAGUGAAGCUGAGGUACAGGCAGCUCUGGAUAAGGCAAGAGAAGGCCGGACUACCAUUGUGAUAGCUCACCGGUUGUCUACUAUCCGAAAUGCAGAUGUCAUUGCUGGGUUUGAGGAUGGAGUCAUUGUAGAGCAAGGAAGCCAUGGAGAACUUAUGAAAAAGGAAGGCGUCUACUUCAAGCUUGUCACCAUGCAGACAUCAGGAAAACUAACUCAGUCAGAAGAAUUUGAAAUUGAACUAAGUGGAGACAAGGCUGCUGCGGGGAUGGCCCCAAAUGGCUUGAAAUCUCGCUUAUUUAGGAAUUCUACUAACAAAAGCUUUAAGAAAAAAAGUCUGAAGAAUCAAAAUGGGCUUGAUACAGAAACCAAUGAGCUUGAUGCCAAUGUGCCACCUGUGUCUUUUCUGAAGGUCUUGAAACUGAAUAAAACUGAAUGGCCCUACUUCGUGGUAGGGACCCUGUGUGCCAUUGCCAAUGGAGCACUGCAGCCUGCAAUUUCCAUUAUACUCUCAGAGAUGAUAGCGAUUUUUGGACCAGGGGAUGAUGCAGUGAAGCAGCAGAAGUGCAACCUGUUCUCCUUGGUUUUCUUGUGUCUGGGAAUUAUUUCUUUUUUUACUUUCUUCCUUCAGGGCUUCACUUUCGGGAAAGCUGGUGAGAUCCUCACUACAAGAUUGCGGUCCAUGGCUUUUAAAGCAAUGCUAAGACAGGACAUGAGCUGGUUUGACGAUCAUAAAAACAGUACGGGUGCACUUUCAACAAGACUUGCCACUGAUGCUGCUCAAGUCCAAGGCGCCACAGGAACGAGGUUGGCUUUAAUUGCCCAGAAUACAGCCAAUCUUGGAACUGGUAUUAUCAUAUCAUUUAUCUACGGUUGGCAAUUAACUCUUUUACUGUUAUCCGUUGUCCCAUUUAUUGCUGUAUCAGGAAUUGUUGAAAUGAAAAUGCUGGCUGGAAAUGCCAAAAGAGAUAAAAAGGAACUGGAAGUUGCUGGAAAGAUUGCAACAGAAGCAAUAGAAAACAUUAGGACAGUUGUGUCCUUGACCCAAGAAAGAAAAUUUGAAUCAAUGUAUGUGGAAAAACUGUAUGGACCUUACAGGAAUUCAGUGAGGAAGGCACACAUCUACGGGAUCACUUUUAGUAUCUCACAAGCAUUUAUGUAUUUCUCCUAUGCUGGUUGUUUUCGAUUUGGUGCCUAUCUCAUUGUGAAUGGAUAUAUGCGCUUCAGAGAUGUUAUUCUGGUGUUUUCAGCAAUCGUGUUUGGUGCCGUGGCUCUGGGACAUGCUAGUUCAUUUGCUCCAGACUAUGCUAAAGCCAAGCUCUCCGCAGCCCACUUAUUCAACCUGUUUGAGAGACAACCUUUAAUUGACAGCUACAGUAAAGAGGGGUUAUGGCCUGAAAAGUUUGAAGGAAAUGUGACCUUUAAUGAAGUGAAGUUCAACUACCCCACCCGGCCAGACAUCCCAGUGCUUCAGGGACUGAGUCUGCAGGUGAAGAAGGGCCAGACAUUGGCUCUGGUGGGCAGCAGCGGCUGUGGGAAGAGCACGGUGGUGCAGCUCCUGGAGCGCUUCUAUGACCCAUUGGCCGGCACGGUGCUCUUAGAUGGCCAAGAAGCAAAGAAACUCAAUAUCCAGUGGCUCAGAGCCCAACUUGGCAUUGUGUCGCAGGAGCCCAUCCUGUUUGACUGCAGCAUUGCUGAGAACAUCGCCUAUGGAGACAACAGCCGGAUUGUGUCCCAGGAAGAGAUUGUGAGUGCAGCCAAAGCAGCCAACAUACAUCCUUUCAUUGAGACAUUACCUCAUAAAUAUGAAACUAGAGUGGGAGAUAAAGGGACUCAGCUCUCAGGAGGUCAGAAACAGAGGAUUGCUAUUGCCCGAGCCCUCAUCAGACAACCUCAGAUCCUAUUGCUGGAUGAAGCUACAUCAGCCCUGGACACUGAAAGUGAAAAGGUUGUGCAGGAAGCCCUGGACAAAGCCAGAGAAGGCCGCACGUGCAUUGUGAUCGCUCACCGCCUGUCCACCAUCCAGAACGCAGACCUAAUUGUGGUGAUCCAGAAUGGCAAAGUCAAGGAGUAUGGCACCCACCAACAGCUGCUGGCACAGAAAGGCAUCUAUUUUUCCAUGGUCAAUAUUCAGACUGGCACACAGCACUUGUGAACCCUUGUUACAGUGUACCUUGAAAUAAAUUCAAAUCAUUUUACAACUUCCUGACCUGUAAAGUACAUUCCUAGUUUAAGGUAUAUAAAUAUAGAUUCAUUUUAUUCCACAAAAAUUUAAAACAUACAGUUUGGUACCUGAUAUUAUAACAUAUGGAGCUUAAGAAUUAGAAGUGAUGCCUUUCUUCAGACCCAUCAGUUAUCAGUAACACCCUGAGAGAGGAGCAAAAGUACAAAUAUAUACAGGUAUAGGAGUAACAGA